GGUGACCAUGCCACUUGUACCACCUUGAUAACAUUCAAUCUCGUUUUCGAGCAAAUUACAGGCAUAUUGUUGCACUCUCACUCCUUUUCCAUUGAAGUCCUCUUUUCCAAACCAUGGAUAUCCAAUUAAUGCCUGCUUCCAUCGCCUCUGUGCGCGAAAUGUGCGAUUGUGGACGCCGCGCUUUUGCGGAUGACGGGCUGCAGAAUGCCAUUUUCCCUCCUCAUCUUCAAGAUCCGGCAGACAAGAAUGAUAAGAACGAGUACUUGGAGCAGCGGAUGAGAAAGCGCCUACAAUCACCAAACUGGCAGUACGUGCUUGCCACAACUGUAUCAAGUGAGGGCCAUGCGCAGCUCGUUGGAUUUGCUGGAUGGGUUGUGCCCGUGCAUGAGAACGAGUCGGAGCAAGAAAAAGCCAACAACCUCACCGGAUUUGAUGCCAAGCAGCGAUCCCAUGCAGGUGAUGCUGAAGUCUAUCCUAGAGGCAUGGAUAUAGUCGCCUUCAAGCACGCGGCGGACGUGAUAGAGAAGGCGAAGAAAGAGAUCCUAGGAGAAGCUGAACAGCAUAGAGUAUGGUGUAAGUUACAAUUACCCACGCUUACCGGAAAGCUUCUAUUCGUGGGUGGUGGAUUUGUAUUAACUUGAAAAGCUCUCAUGUCUUUAGCCGUGGACCCAGCGUUCAAGGGGAGAGGUAUAGCGUCGAAGCUGGUGAAAUGGGGAACGGACAGAGCGGACGGUGAUGGACUGCCAGCCUACCUGGAGUCCACGCCGGCGGCAGUUGGCGUAUAUGAGAGACUUGGUUUCAAAGUGCAGAGGAGAUUGAGCGUAAUCAGAAACGACCAAAGCCAUUUCUUCAGUGUUAUGAUGAGGGUUCCAGGUAGUAGUGUUGAGACGUAAGAGUCUUUAACUACAAGGUUAAGCUUUUCAUACCUAAGAUUACUACCACUGGGUGCCGUACAUUUGCAAGAACCCAGCAUCUCCAGCUGUUCAGUCUAUACUAAGCCAUUUUACACGAAAUCAUAGAGAUCAGAGGCUUACCGAGUAUCCUGGGC